CGACAAACACCACUACGGCACACACGCACGACUACGAGCACGCCGCCGGUCGGCACAGCGGUUCAGUAAUCAGCCGGCCACCGAACGUCGCGGAUGUGUUCUGCGUAUGUCAACGUGCGUGCGUCAUAUCAUCGUAUAUUAUCGUGUAUCCGUGAGUGCAGCGUGCGUGCGAUGAAAUCUUGUGGGACGCCGGCCGCAGCCGUCGUCGUCAAUCAACGUGCCCGGUGACCGGACCGGUCCGUUACGCGUUACGUCCCCGCGCCAUGCCGUUCGUGCAACGUGCCGUGGGCCCGGUCCACCUGAGCAGGGUGAAGCUGCACGACGAACGCGGCGUGCCAACGGUCCGGGACCGCGAGCUGGACGCCGUCACCAACUUCGCACUGAGCAACGCACUUCGGCAGAUGGCCUCGGUGGCCGCGCUCGCCGACGAGGUGUUCCGCGAACUCCGUGACCAGCUAGCCGACGUGGCCACCAGGUCGGCGGGUCUCAAGCGCCGCGUCCAAGCCCUCAGCCACUUGGUCGAUCACGCCGAUCCCAAAGCCGUCACAGUUCCUGAAAGUGACCUGACAGCGUUCAGUCUGAAAACAGAACAUUUUAAGAGUAAGCAAGUGGAGAGCAAGAAUUUAUUGUUAGCAGAAAAUAGACCUAUUUGGGUUAAAAGGCUCUACGAUCAAGCCGGAGUACCGAGUAAAGUAUACGCCAACAAACCUCAUGUCCAUCGAUUAUCGAGAAGGAAGCGAUCACUGGACGACAUUCUUUUACCCGACGACAUAGAACUUAGAAAGCCUGCGGCCAUCACCAAUCUCCGUCCAUGGACAUCGGAAGAAGUUCUCGGAGAUAUAACCGUAGCUCCUGAUUGUUCAUCAAGGAUACCUAGAGAUCCGAGUCCGGUUUCAGAAGAUCAAAUUGACCACAAGCUGCCAUCGCCCGAAGAACAGCAGCAGGUCAUCGCACAUAAAUUCCCGCCGCAAAUAGUCGAAGUUGACGUAUCCGGCCGGAGUUUUAACCGUAUGAGCGCGCUUAGGAGAUCUCUGCAGAACGUUGAAUAUGAAACGUCUGUUAGACGACGAAAGAGCAAAAGACCUAGAGGCAAGAGGAGGAAUACGAUUGCUGGAACCGAUCAAAAAGAAUUAGAAGCCGUUAUCGGUUCACUAUCUGAUAGUAAUAAAGACUCUGAUGACAUCGUGUCCAGCAGCACGACCGUUGUGGUGACCGAGAAAAGGUCAAAUCUUGAUCUGUUAAAAGAUUGGGGAAGAAUGAGAUUUAAACAACUUAAAAACACAGAACCGGCAUCGUCGGCAGCAGUGAAGCUCAGAGACAAGGGACGAGUUGGGUUGGCAAGAAGAAAAUGGGAUAAGGAAGAACCAGUGCAUUCUUCAUCUGGAAAUUGGUCAGCGAGUUCAGAGAGUGGACAGUCUACUUCGACUAGUCACAUACCAAGGUCUAGCGUUAGCAGUUGCAGCGGAAGUACGAAGCCGACGUACCACGGUGGAAGUUCGGUGACCAGCGACGAAGGCGAAACCGGUUCCACGUAUUCGUGUGAUACCGAGGGCUACUACACGUCGUUCCACGUGGACAGCGGUCUGAAGACGCUCCGGGAGGAGGAUCCGCCGCAGCCGAUGUCCGCGUUGCACUCCACGUCGGCGCUUACGCCCAGUUUCCAGUCGUCGUCUGCAGAGAGCGAGUACGACGUCUUCGGUCGGGGCAGCACGUCGACCACGGCGAGUUCGGCCGGUACCGUGUGCACGUCCCUGAUGGUGUCGCCGCCGAACGUGCCGGAGAGGGGUGGCAGUAAGCUGUCGGAACGGUCAGCGGACAUCUCUUACGGCGGCUCGCUGCCCGACCGGAACAACGCGCACGGCCCGAAGGACUCCUUGAUGGCGUCGUACGACAAAUCGAAAACGGCUCCGUCCCGGCUGACCAAGGAGAACGUGACCAGGUACAAGGAGGAAGGACUGAUGAUCGACGUCAAGCCCAGACCGUGCCUGGAACACGGCGGCGGCGACUCGCCGGACAGCGGGCACAACACGUGCAGUUCGCCGGUGGACUCGGUGACUAACCCCUCCGUCGACCUGGAAAUGUCCGAGUGUUCCGACCUGGAGGGCGUCGACCGGGUGGAGAGGCUCCGGGUCAAGACCACAAUCAACACCAGCCGCAUACCGUCCAUGUGCGUCAUCACGCCGCCGAUGAGCGACGACGAGGUGAGCCUGAAGACGUGCACCGCCGCCAUGAGGGCGAUCGUGCCGGACAUGGACGAUUACGGCGAGUACGUCACGCUGGCGCACUACGCGAUACCCGAACCGGUGAAGGCUAUCGCUGAGCCCCCGGAACUGGCGACGUGCAAGGGAUUCGUGCACCUGGACGAGCUGCCCGCCGUGGGCACGUCCGAGCGGCAGAGGCCAGCGGGCGCCCGAGUGACGUUGAACGCCGAGGGCCGAGUCAUAUACACGUCAGACAGCUUGAAGCGCCGGAAGAAGACGCACACGACCAAUACGUUCGAGCCCGGUCCGUGCGUGAACGCCAACGUUCGGUUGCUGCCCGUCAACGACCACUGCAACAGCGUUUUGUCACAAGUCAUACCCCGUUCUCCGUUGAACGUCCGACCGGUGACCAAACAGCCGAACGGCGUCGGCGUGCUCAGCUCCGCCGUACAUAUCGUCGCUGCCAAGCCGAAACUCCAAGCCGAACGUAAUACACCGGCCGCCGUCCAAUUGAAACCGCUGGUGCCCAUACCGCUGCCGUGUUCGCCGGGCCAGAGGCGCUCGUGCAAGACGACCGCGGGCCUACCGCUGACUGUGGCCACGGCGCUCGGCCGACAUCAGGCCGCCCCGUCCCGGGUGGUCGUGUUGCCGGACGGCGGCCGGUGUCCGGCCGACGCCGCCGGCAAGCCCGUGUCGCCGCUGAUAUCGCCCACCCGGCGGAGUCUGUCGCCCAAGGAGGUGGUGCGGGGCGCGUACGUCCGGAUGCAAGACCCCACCGAGUGCCUGGAAACGAGCCUGGACGAGAUCAAGUCCGUGGUGAAGCGCAGCGACAGUUACAGGCAGGCCAACGCCACCAGUCCCCGGCUGCAGCACACCAAGUCCCCGAACAUGCUGAUGGCGCUGCAAAAGGCCCGCAGCGAGACCACUCAAGAUACGAGCCGUGGUACACCGCUCGCUUCGACGUCGGUCAACGGCGACAACAGUGGCCGCGAACGGAACGUUUCGGCGUCCACGCCGGUAAAGAACGAUCGGAGCGCCGGCCGAAUCGACAUGAGCAGCAACAACAUAUCGCCGAUACGAGACUGCCGGGCGAGCCCGACUGGACGUCUACAAAUGAACGACCAGCAGCAACACCGGACACCCGCGAUCCAGUCUCCUCCCGGUGACGGACACCGGACACCCGCGGUGCAGCAGCCGUACGUGCGUCCAGCGUCCGGGCGGUCGGCCAUGGACCUGUACGCGGCCAUUCACGAGUCGAAAAAACGGUUGCUCGGCCAACAACCGGUGGCGACGGCGCAGGCUAUCACUACCGCGGUACAAGCGACACAGCUUCGGACGCAACCGCAGGCCGCCGCAGUGGUGCGGCGACCGCCGGAACGUCAGUCGGACCGAUACCGGCCGCGCGGCGACGACCGGUCGGCCGCACGGUACGAUUUCAAGCGGCUCUUGUUGCAGACCAACAUGGCGGGCGGUAGGCGCGCGCAGCAAUCGGCCGUGGUCCGGCUCCAGCAACCGCCGCCGCCGACGAGGGCCGGCCCCGCUCCGGUGCCGCAGCUGCUGUCGGCCGGUGCAGGCCACUUCAGGCGAACGCCGUCCGGCUCAUCGUUCCGCAAAUCGAAUGUGCUCACUUCGACCAUACAGGAAGACUGUCGUGAAGACGAGGAUUGUCACGGGACCUCGAUCGUCCCUAGGUCCGCGGCGCUCGUCAGUCGCACGCUCAAAGGCCUGCAGGCUACCGUCGCGCCAACGUGUUCCGCUCUGGAAACGUCCCUUUGACCGGUCUUUGGCGACGUAAUUACUUUACUGCACAUCUGUCUGACGCUAACGCUUGUAUAUUACACAGCAGUAAUAUUGUAAUUCUUUUGAAUGGUCUGCAGCAGUUAUAUAAUAUUGUGGUAUCUUUUUACGGCCUUCUGCAGAGGAAGUCACCUAGCUAUGAGACAAUAAGAAGACGACUUUACGCGUGUAAUUAUACCUAAACGGUCUGUCACGUGAUUUACCGACCAGGGCCAAAAUUUUAUUUUCGUUUGCGAAUAACGCUUUCUGUACUUUUUUAUAUCUUUUAUGUUAAUUUGUAAAUAUAAACAUAAAUUAAAUCACACGUAGGUAUAAUUUAGUAUUAUUUAAUCUACCUAUGCUAUAUAAAGGACCGUUGUAUUUUAUUUAGAUACUGUAUAUAUAUUAUUGUAUAAGUACCUACACAACAUAAGUAGUUUAUAACAUUGCGUAUUAUUGUAUUAAUGUAUUAUAUUCGUAUGCGUCUAGUCUUUACAAAUCUACGAGUUCGAGUUCGACUCGAAAUAACGGCGAUUUGAUAUUAUUUAAUUUUUAUUAAUGUUGGUAAUAUUAUUUAUUUAUUUAUUUCAUUUUUUUUAUGUAUAAACAAAAAAUGUAUUCAUAUUUACAAAUGUCGCAGAGAUAACGUUCACUGUACCCACUCAUUCAUUAUUUUACAGUGUAACUAAAUUAUUUUAAGAUUAACUACAGACGUCAGACGUUAUUGUCUAGGUACGCAAAAUAGCCAAACACUUAAUAUAAUCACGUACAUAAUAAAAUAAACUUCCUACUUCCUAGGUAUAAAUUAUUAUAAUCGACUCGAAUAUUUAGUAAACUCAUCUGCGGAACAAAUUAUAAUUAUUAAUAUAUUAUUUUAUGUACUUAAA